CUCGCGCGGGCUCGGGGAGCCCUUCGCACCCGCCUAACAUCGGGCACUAUCACUGCCGGUCACCAGCGAAGAUGCGCAUCCGACCAUGCUCACGAUGAGCACGACCACCAUCACGAAGUUGACACCACCGUGUACCCUGCGGAGGGCUUUGGCUCCCGCAUGUGGCUUUAUCUCGCCGCCUUCUCCGCGGCAGGCUUCACCUGGUACAAAUUCGGGGCGGAGCCGACGACGGCCUCGUCCUCCAUCACGCGCUGGCUCACCAAGCUGCAAGUGCCAGAGGAGAUCUGGGUGAAGCGGAACGAGCAGCAUCUGCUCAUGAGCACGCAGAAUGCGGAGGAUAUCCAGCUGACGAGGGACGCGAAGCUACCGAGCGUGCACCGGUAUUGGGGUCCGAUGUCUAUCGGCCAGUGCUCACCACACGGUCGCCCCGUCGGGAUGUCUGUCGACCACAGCGAUGUUCGUGUCAAGGCUGAGCGAGAAUAGAUGUAUAUACUUAAUCCCGCGGUCAUCAAUCAUGGUUCUGAAUCUGCUCGAACGGCGAUGCAUCUCGAGCACUGCAUAGCGCCUUCGUCGGAUUGAGUGAAGCUGUCCUUGAUGACUAUAUUUUCUGUGAUAGCUUGAGCUAGUCGUAGCAGUGAACAACGAAAAGAGGAUCAU